AUGGCGCGACGCUACGAAAUAGACGAGUUGAUAUGGCUGCGCGAGUCACCGCUGGUCACGAGGCCGGCCAAUCUACCUCCGGUGGAAGAAUGGAUGGGACCGCUUCCUGAUCGUACGGCUCAACGAAAUCCGAGCAACAACCACAACGAAACGUCAGGCCGGCGGCCAAGCAUUUUCGAAACCCGCCACAUAUCUCGCAAUUCAAAUUCAGAGGAUAUUGUUCUCGGACCCCCCAAGACCGCCUUCGCUUCCGCUUCGCGUAUACCCGGAAAAGGCUCGAUAGACGCCACAGAACGGUUACCUGCCUCGGACGACCCGAAGAAUGAUCGGUUCAAGUAUUUCAAGGACCGGGAAGCCGGCGAAAGAGACUUCGCAGGGCGUGAGGGCAAGAUGGGGACAUUCAACAACCGAAGGGGAGAGAAGGAGGACUGGAACAAUGGCCGCCCGCGUCGUACAAUUGGCCAAGAUGAACAGGACAAGAAGCCGAAGCGUAAUGGAGAAUUCGAUAGGUGGGAGGCUCGUGACCCGCGAGACCCCAACGCCGAGCGCAUCGCGAAAGACAAAGACGGACGCUUUUUCACUCGCCGAGAGGUGCCGCCUGGACGUGCUAGACAUGAGGGCAGUUGGUUCCGCGACGAUAAUGGACAAGAAACACCCGACGCGGAAGAAGAGAAAGCUUCACUUCGCAGCCGAGACUGGCGCCGCGACAGACAUGGCGCUGAUCGCGAGUGGACUCGUGGAGCGAAGCUGGAACAAGAGCCUGAGUGGCUGGAUGCGAGCGAUCGAGAUGAGCCCCGGAGGGUCCACACGCAGGAGGAUUUUGAGCGCUGGAAGGAAAAGAUGAAGGCUGGCUCUUCCCAAACUCAACCCGAGGAAAGAAAAGAGUCUCCCGGCGAGCCGAUUCCCGAGCCUGUACAGAGAUCGGAGCCCAGGACUACCGACGGCGAGAUCUUUAGCCCAGGUGGUGCCGCUCUGCACGACACAACAAUGGAGCGCUUUUUUGGCCUGCUGGGCGAUUCGAAGCCUGCCCAGGACGUCGGCUCGCCUCUCCCUUCCGAAUCCGCUGUCAAAAAAGAAUCGAUUGCAGGCAAACCUGGAAAGUCUUCUCGCUUUGCAGGCUUAUUCAGUCCUCCCCUGGGUAGCCCUGCAAAGGAACCCGAGUCUCCAAUGAGCUCCAGGUCUCCUGCACCCUUGAAUCCAUCUCAUGAUGCCGAUCAAGAAGGCUUCCAGCGUAUCUUGAUGAUGCUUGGAGGAGGCAAAUCGCGCAAUGCCACGCCUCUUAAUGAUCCUAUGCAAAACAUUGCCCAAUCAAACCGUCCUUCAUCUCUGGUCCAUGCAGAGCAAACGCGCAGCCCGACCUCUCCUUCACGAGGGCAGGGUCAGCGCCCAGAGCAAAUGCCCAUGCAAGAUAUACCUGCACGGCCCGCAGAUGCCCCACUCAAGGAGAACAUGUUUGGCCAGGAGCCACAAGCACGAGACAGCCAACAUUUGCUUCGGCUGAUGCAGCAAGUGCGAGUCAGCCCCAGCGCUGCCCCGAACCAAGGCCCUCAGAACCAGCCACAAAGCGCUGGUCCAACCCCUGGGCUCAUGAAUAUGCCCGACGGCAUUCCCCAUCCUCCUGGAAUCGGACCUUCUAUGAAGGGCCCUGGCUUCCUUGACGAUCCCGCAAUCGCCACGAUGCAGAGGCCUGACGUUGAUCAACUACGACGAAGACCGACUAACGGGCCGCCUAUGGGCUACUUUGACGAGAUUCCGUUCCCUCAAGGAGCGCAGGUUCCGAUUACUCCUGGUGGAAGUCGUGCUCCGCAAGGCCAAGCGCCGCCCAUGGGCAUUCAGCGUCCUCCUGGCUUCGAACACAUGCCACCUCCCGGCUGGGCCGGUCCGCAUAUGCCUCCGCAACAAGCAGGUCCCUCGGCGCCACUGGCCCCUCCACCUGGAAUUCCAACUCCGAACAGGGGCGUCAACCCCAACUAUAUCCCUAACGUGAUGCCAAUGCACGGUAACAUGCCGCUUAAUGAGCGCCAGCCCUUCCCACGUGGACCUAUCCCUCCUGGAAUGAUGCCGCCUCCUGGCUACAUGAACGGACCUCCGCCUGGUGGCUUCCCGCCAAUGCCGCACAAUGGAGACAACCUGAUGGGACCUUUUGAUGGAAACCCCGGGCUUCAGGGGCCGCCGCCGUCUUCUCGACACUUGCUUGAUAUGUUCGGGCAGGUUGGGACUGACGGCAGAGGCGGUAUGGUGGGACCCAGACAGUUUAGAUAA